AUGGUUCCUUUAGUUGACGAGCGAGAAACAGAUGGCUCUCGCUACGUGGCGGGUGGCGCGGGGGGUACGGCAGGGGGCGCGGCGCCGGCGUUCGCGCGCCGACAGCACACGCGAGUGCGCGCGCGGCCCGGCGCCGCCGCCGCACUGCGCUGUCGUGUGCUGCGCCUCGCCGACAGAGCGGUGUCGUGGAUCCGCUCCAGCGACCUGCAGAUCCUGACACACGCGGGCGCCGUAUUCACCGCCGACUCCCGAGUGUCCGCCAUCACGGGCGCGGCGCCCGAGCGCGGCGCCGGCGACCGCGCCCGCGACCCGCCGCCGCCCGGCGCCGACGACCACAACUACGACCACGACGAUGACUACGACGAAGAGCCGUGGCCCGCGGGGGAGGAACCGACGGGGGACGUGGGGGAGGAGACGGUGCACACGCUGCACAUCGAGCGACUGCGCGCCGCCGACUCCGGCCGCUACGAGUGUCAGAUCAACACCGAACCCAAAAUGAGUCUGUUCUUCAAUCUAACCGUCUCCGACGUGCGGGGCGGCGGGGUGACGGUGCGCGCGCUGGGGCCGCGCGUGGUGCGCUGCGCGGCGGGCGGCGCGGCGGCGCUGGCGUGUGAGGCGCGCUACUUGCGCCCCGCGCCCGACCUGCCCCCGCUCAGGAUCCGCUGGUACCACGCCGGCCGCUUGCUCGACGACCAGAGUCCGCCGGGCGGCGUGGCGCUGUCGGCGGAGCGCUGGGCGAGCGGCGCGCGCUCGCGGCUGUCGCUGGGCGCAGUGCGGCGCCGACACGCGGGCGAGUGGACGUGUCGCGCGGGCGCCGCCGCCGACACGAUUACGCUCGCGCUGGCGCCGCGCGACUCCGCAGACGAGCUGGAGGUGAUGCAGCACGACCAGGCGGAGCGCCGCCUCAGUAGCGCCGCCCCGCCCGCCGCGAGGCUCGCCGCGCCGCUCGCCGCCGCGCUGCUGGCGACGCUGCUCACGCGACGUGACGUGACGUGA